AAAGGGCGCGGUGAAGUAACUGCUCGGAGCCCGAGUGCUGAAAUGGCAUCAAUGGAAGACAUAAACCUGGAUGCACCAAUGGACCCGGGCUUUGUCUGGGCAGGGAGGAAUAUGCUCGCCAAUUCAGCCAGUGUGAGGAUUCUCAUCAAGGGAGGCAAGGUGGUGAAUGAUGACUGCACUCAUGAGGCUGAUGUCUACAUUGAGAAUGGCAUUAUCCAGCAGGUUGGACGGGAACUCAUGAUUCCUGGUGGGGCCAAAGUCAUCGAUGCCACUGGGAAACUGGUCAUCCCCGGAGGCAUAGACACCAGCACUCACUUCCACCAAACCUUCAUGAAUGCCACUUGCGUGGAUGAUUUCUACCAUGGAACAAAGGCAGCACUAGUAGGAGGAACAACUAUGGUCAUUGGCCAUGUUUUGCCUGACAAGGAGACCUCCCUUGUGGAGGCAUAUGAGAAGUGCCGGAGCCUGGCUGACCCUAAGGUCUGCUGUGAUUACUCACUCCACAUGGGGAUCACCUGGUGGGCCCCCAAGGUUAAAGUAGAAAUGGAGACUCUGGUGAGGGAGAAGGGUGUAAAUUCAUUCCAGAUGUUCAUGACUUACAAGGAUUUAUAUAUGCUACGUGACAGUGAACUUUAUCAAGUCUUCCGAGCCUGCAAGGACAUUGGUGCCAUAGCCCGAGUCCACGCUGAGAAUGGAGAGCUGGUAGCUGAGGGUGCUAAAGAGGCACUGGAUUUGGGUAUCACCGGUCCUGAGGGAAUAGAGAUCAGCCGUCCAGAGGAGCUAGAAGCUGAAGCCACCCACCGUGUGAUCACCAUUGCUAACAGGACUCACUGCCCUGUUUACCUGAUCAAUGUUUCCAGUAUCUCUGCUGGUGAUGUGGUUGCUGCUGCUAAAAUGCAAGGAAAGGUUGUGUAUGCAGAGACUACGACGGCACAUGCCACGCUGACGGGCUUGCAUUAUUACCACCAGGAUUGGUCUCAUGCUGCUGCCUAUGUCACCGUGCCCCCUCUGAGACUGGACACGAAUACGUCAACCUACCUCAUGAGCCUGCUAGCCAAUGAUACUCUGAACAUUGUAGCUUCGGACCACCGGCCCUUUACUACCAAGCAAAAGGCCAUGGGCAAGGAGGAUUUCACUAAGAUUCCUCACGGAGUGAGCGGCGUGCAGGACCGAAUGAGCGUCAUCUGGGAGAGAGGAGUGGUUGGAGGAAAGAUGGAUGAAAACCGCUUUGUAGCCGUCACUAGUUCGAAUGCAGCGAAGAUUCACAACCUGUAUCCCCGGAAGGGACGCAUCAUCCCCGGAGCCGAUGCCGACGUGGUGGUCUGGGAUCCGGAAGCGACAAAGACCAUCUCAGCCAGCACCCAGGUGCAAGGGGGAGACAUAAACCUGUAUGAGAACAUGCGCUGCCACGGGGUCCCUCUAGUCACUAUCAGCCGCGGAAGAGUCGUGUACGAGAACGGCGUCUUCAUGUGUGCCGAGGGGUCAGGCAAAUUCUGUCCACUUCGGUCCUUCCCAGACUCUGUGUACAAGAAGCUAGUCCAGAGAGAGAAGAGCUUAAAGAUAAAGGGAGUGGACCGCACUCCCUACCUAGGGGAUGUGGCUGUGGUUGUGCAUGCUGGGAAAAAAGAGAUGGGAACUCCACUUGCAGACACCCCCACCCGGCCUGUCACCCGACACGGGGGCAUGAGGGACCUUCACGAGUCCAGCUUCAGCCUGUCUGGUUCUCAGAUCGAUGACCACGUUCCAAAGCGAGCCUCGGCUCGGAUUCUCGCUCCCCCCGGAGGCAGGUCGAGCGGCAUUUGGUAAAAGCACCGACGACCAACCCCCCAAUUAAGGAUGCAGCGGCAGCCAGCCCAACUCUUGGCCGCCCCCUCACCACCCGGCACCCCAGGGAGGCUGGGCCAAGCGGCAUCCUACCUACCACCUGGGGGCCUGGGGGGUGGGGGUCGGGGGGUGGCACACGGAACACUCGGGACCACUAAACCUGUCUUGCACACGUCACUCUCUGUGCUUUGAGCCAACCCGAACGAGCAUUGGGAAAUGCCACUCCCCGGGCCGUAGCCCCUUCUUUUCCCGGCCUCGGCGGGCUGCGUCGGUGAGAUGGGGGGGCCCUGGCCUGUGCCCGGACCCCGGAGCCCAAGGAGCAGCCUGUCCUUUCCUCUCCUGCUUGCCCUGAGUUUUCUGCUCUGUGUGAGGGUGAGCUUGAGCCUGCUGCUCCCUGGCCUGACCCACCUAGCCAAGGCACAUUCACAAAACAAAAGAACACUCUGCCCUUCGCCCCACCCUCACCCUCUACUUCCACCUCCCUCCCCUCCCCGAGCCCCCCAGUCCCAUUUCCCGGGCCUCCCGACACCCGUCCGGCUUCCCGCCGGGGUAGAGGUGGGCCCUGGGCAGGUCGGGGACAUUAUGCAGUUUAAACCCACCGAGCCCCCUGCCAGCUUCAUUUCCUCUUCCCCUCCUGACAGUAACCUUCCUGCCCCCGUUGAGAACAAGCGUCCAAAGCGCUUAGAGCUGGUACAGACGUGGGGCCGUGUGCCGCGCACGUGUAAAUGAUUUCGUUUUGCACGUUUGGUUUGAGCAGUGGUUUGGUUUGAGUUGUUUGUGCAUCAUGUGAAGAAACGGUGCUUUGUGUCACUAGCGAUAGGAUAGAAAAUGGGGAUAGAUAUAUGGUCCUUAAGAGAUGCUGUAAGUAACACUGACCAAAGGGGUAAAGCAGGUGUGAGCUACUGGGGGUACAGUGGGCCAACCAGAUCCCCUCUCCUCCCGUCCCCUACACUGGGCCUCUUGUCUAGUUCCAGAGCUUUAAGAGGUACAGCUCUUUUUCCCCAGGCUGGAGAGGGGCCUUUUCCCAGGCCUUUCUCCUUCCACAGACCAAAUGCAAGUAACCAGGUCCCAUUAUCUCCUGCCCAGGGUAAGUUUUAGCGGCUGUAACUGGAUGGAGGGUGGGGACCUGGAAAGGGAGAUGAACAACCCCUUGGUCCAGGCUUCCCAUCACCCUCCUCUGCUGGUUCUUCUGCGUGCCGACUUACUGGCUGGAUCCCUGCUUCCGAGCCAAGCCCUUCCACCUCUGUGAUUGUUAGGAUGCCCUCACUCCUGCCCAGGGAGGAAAAGAGAAGAUGGACAAGGAGGCAGGAGAGAGAAAAAGGAAGGAGAGACUCCUGCAGAGCUCUAAGACAGCCAAGACAGAGUCCAUCUGCCGUUUAAGUCCAUCUGCCUCCGGCUGUCGGCCUCCUGUUGAGGCCUCAUCAGGCCUCCUGUAGGGCUAGGCGGGGAAAAUGUUUUAUUUUAGGACUCAGACUGCCCUGUUUUCUCCCUCCCCCGGGGGUGGGCAUAGCUACUGGAUCCCUCCUGACCUAUAUAUCUGCCCCGGUAGAAUCCAGAAAACACACAGAGCCUCGGGGACCUCCUCUAUCGGCUGGAUUGGCUACAACUGUGGGAUGGCUGUUCCAUCGGGCAGUCCGAGGGAGAUGGGGAGGCUCCUCAGUAUAUCUUCUCCUCCUUCCUUUGUUACUUUCUUCCCCGGCGACACUGUUCCAACCUCCGUACGCCACCGCUUGAACCAGUCCUCCCAAGCCCAGAGUUCCCGGGCAGCGUGAUGCUCCCCAAACUGUUUACACACGGGCUUCCAAGCUGUUGAGAGAGCUCGGCGCCACUGCCUUACCACCCGGUUGCCGGAACUCCCCAGGAAGCCCUGGCUCUCUGCCCCAGCUCGGGGGAGGAGAAACGAGGGCGGCUUCUUGCCACUGAUCCCACCCGACCUCCGAAUCGUCCCACUCUCUAGUCAGGAUUCUGUCUGUCCCCUUAGGGCACGACUGUUUUCUCUCCUUCACGUCUCCAUGCCGACGAACCAAGAUUCCUGUUGGGCCUGCGGCCUGCAGGACUUGGGAGGCUUGGCCCGUGGUUUGAACUUCCAAAAGUUACUCCCUAGGAAUCCCUGUUCCCUCCGACCACAAGCACUGUCACCCCGACUCCCCUCCGGCUCCACAGUAGGUCUUGGGCCCGGGGCCAGAGAGCAGGGUGGAGGCAGGCGACGGAGCAGGGGAGACCAACCGUUGGUCGGCUCUGCUCCUCACAGUUCUUGAGGUCUCACCGUGGGGUGGAGCCCCCCCCAAACCUCUGCCUUGGAGAAGAGGCUCCCCGCCGCGCCUGAGGUGGGAAGGAUCCGCCUGGUGGCCCCUUCCCCCUCCUGACCUCUGCUCGGGGCUUCCAAGCUGGCAAACGAGAGCAGGUCGGGGAGGAGAAGACGACCGCUCUCAGGCUGGAGGAACUAGGGGUCGACAGAAGUGGCCAGCCGCACCACCGCCAAUCUCCCUGCCCCCAAAAGGUCCCCCUCACAAGUCCCCGGAGCUGGUCCCGUGCCCGUCUCCCCCGCCUCCGGCGGUGGCGACGGGAAGGGGCUCCGAUUGCAUGGAAUGCAGCUCUCAAACUGGUCUUGUAUUUACUGGAUUAAAUGCUGUUUUUCUUGCCUUAGCUGCUCUCUAGGUUUGUGGGGUUUUGUUUUGGGAACGUCGUGCUACCGUGUGUGUGUGUGUUUAGUGCUAGGCGUCCACAGUAGGUCUCUGUCGAGUCUGUACCGGGAUGAGGGCGGCUUUUCGGACACUGACCCAGACACCACCAGGACCGAACUUGAAACCAAAACCUUCCUCCAGCAGCAGAAGCGGCAGGCGGGGUCGGGGGUCGGGAUGGAACCGACCCAGGCCCCCACAUGCGUCUACGGGACUUCCCCGCGCCUCCGUUGAUGUUAUGGUGCUAAGACCGUGUCAGCCCCGAGAUGACACACUUUCCUGUGCUUUAACCACCUGUUUCAGACAGAAAAAAAAAAUCACCCCGACACGUUGUGUUUUGGUGCAGGUUUGUAUUAAACUGUAGCUAUUCUCA